UAAAGAAUAUGUCUUUUUAAUAUGUUUUUCAGUGUAUACUGUAAUUUUCUACUGCUGGCUAAGUGUGUGUUUUGCUUUCCAGCACAUACGAUUCUCUUGGCAGCAGGGGGUUCUUUAGUUCUUUGGAGUUUUUACAAACCUCUUGUCCUUUAAACUGUGGGCUUCAUCUCCUUUGCAGGGUCACCUCUACUCUGGCCUGUCCAUGCACAGCACUUCCUUUAGCAACCAUGUUGGCAUUGAAGGGUGCAGCCCAUGAGAGACAGAUAAGAAAGCUUAGCAGAGACAAUGUGGGUCUGAAUAUAAAAGAAGGCUCGGCUGCUCAAAGCAUCAUUACUGCACCUCUGUACCAGGGAGAUCAUGUGCACUGUCCUCCCAGUCUAGGGAAAAGAGUCUGUCACCUGCAGCUGAGUAAAAUUUACAGGUCACAAGAUGGCAGCAUAAUCUCACCAGUCAGCAUGGCAAAAUUUGAAGGGUCAGAUGAAGUUUUGUCCCAUCCACAUGCUUUCUGUAAGAAUCAUACAAGCUAAGAACAUCAAGUCAAGAGACCUGUGGACAGUUCCACUUUCGUGCCAAAACCUUGCGGGGCAAUGUUAUUCACUGCUUGAUACCAGUCUGAAGUAUUUAGGCAUCUCGGGCUGCAGUAGAAAUCUUCCAUCAAGUCCUGACUCCAGCUCUGAAAGACAUCAACCGGGAGAUUUCCUUUCACACCGUUGCCAAGCUUCACAAAUGACAGCAUCAGACUGCUAUGUACGCUUGUGGCUGCCGUCUGCUUAUCCUGGAAAGCUUCGGACCAAAACCAUCAGGAAUUCUGACAACCCUGUCUGGAAUGAGACUUUCUACUUUAGGAUCCAGAGGGAAGUCGAGAAUAUUUUAGAAUUGGCAGUGUGUGAUGAAGAUGCACUCACCAAAGAUGACAUGCAGUUCACAGUUCUUUUUAAUGUUGCUAGAAUCAGACCUGGGGAGACAAUCCGUGAGACAUUUGCUUUGAAAUCAGAGACAGAGAGGUGCUAUAAGAAAUGGGAAAGUUUGGAAGUGGAAUUCUGGAUGGAAAGAGUUCCUGGUCCUCCAGAGCAUCUCAUUACCAAUGAUGUCCUAGUGUCCCGUGAGGUUUGCUGCUUGGAAGUGCAUGUGGACAUUAAUGAAAGCAGGAAAUACUUGAGAGAGGGUAAAAAUCUCGUGCUAACGGUGCCUGCAUCUCAUGAGAGAACGCAGAAGACGACAGAGGACACCGACACUUUCUACUUCCACUGCGUGAAGGCUUGGGAGCCAGUUCUAAAAGUCAGGCUGCAGAAAGUUUCUGAUAAGGAAGAUGACAACAGCAAUUUAAGUGACACCUUAACGGUACCACUGAAGUUUCUCCCUGUUGGACAUAAAGUGAAAGUAACCCUUCCCGUAAGAAACAAUGUGCCACUACAGUUGUACCUCCAAUUAAAUGCUUGCACAGAAAAACUAGAUGUGCGCUUAGGGUAUGAUCUGUGCCAAGGAGAGCAGGAGUUCCUGCAUAAGAGGAAGAGAGUCGUUGCUGGUGCCCUGAAAAGGGUUCUUCAUCUGGAAAGAGAUCUACAUGGACAUGAGGUCCCAGUAAUAGCUGUUAUGGCAACAGGCGGAGGUCUCAGAGCAAUGUCAGCUAUGUUUGGCCACCUCUUAGCCCUUCAGAAGCUAAAUCUGUUGGACUGUGUCACCUAUCUCACAGGGGCUUCUGGCUCAACAUGGACCCUAGCAGACCUGUAUGAGCAUGCUGACUGGUCACAGAAGUCUCUGGAGGGGCCACUUAAAGCAGUUAAAGAGCAAGUGACAAAAUGCAAACUCAACCUUAUGUCUAUAGACCAUCUGAAGUAUUAUCACAAGGAACUUGCUGAAAGGGCAAAGGCAGGACAUGUGCCAUCUUUUACAACUCUGUGGUCACUUGUUCAGGAGAUGUUCUUACAUGAGCGGCCAAGAAAGUACAAACUCACUGACCAGCGCAAGGCAUUGGAGCAUGGACAAAACCCACUGCCUUUCUAUGCAGUCCUCAAUGUGAAAGAGGAGAAGUUUGGUACUUUCAAAUUUAGAGAGUGGGCAGAUUUCUCUCCUUAUGAAGUGGCCAUACCAAAAUAUGGAGUCUCCAUUCCUUCAGAAUAUUUUGACAGUGAGUUCUUCAUGGGAAGGAGAGUGAAGAAGCUGCCAGAAUCUCGGAUCUGCUACCUGGAAGGUCUUUGGACAAACAUCUUUACUAGGAAUUUGCUGGAUGGCUUGUACUGGUCCUCAAAUUCAAAUGAAUUCUGGGAACGGUGGUCCCAAGAUAUGGUAGAUAUAGAAAAACAUUCUCCUGAGGAAGACAUUACUGUUAUUGAGCCUCCAUCUUGUUUGUCAGGAAAGUUGUAUGAAAUGUUUCAGGACAUUAUGACCAAGCGUCCACUACUGGGAAAGUCACAUAACUUCCUGAGAGGCUUAGAGUUUCAUAAGGAUUAUAUCCAUCAGAAAAAAUUUAUUGAAUGGAAAGACACUGUACUGGAUGGUUUUCCUAACAAUCUGACACCGCUGCAGAAAUAUCUUUGUCUGAUAGAUGUUGGCUAUUUCAUCAACACCAGUGGUGCAGCACUUUUCAAGCCAGAGAGGAAUGUAGAUGUCAUUAUAUCCCUUGAUUAUGGUUUGGGACAUGUGUUCAAGCAAUUAGAGAUGACAUACAAAUAUUGCAAGAUACAAAAUAUCCCAUUCCCCAAAGUGGAGCUGAGUCCAGAAGAAGAGAAGAACCCAAAGGAAUGUUAUAUAUUUGCGGAUGCAGAGGACCCCAGAGCACCUAUAGUAAUCCAUUUUCCCUUGGUGAAUGACACCUUUAAGGAAUUCAAGGAGCCAGGGGUGAAGCGUGGUCACUCAGAGAUGGAAGAAGGCAAAGUAAAUCUGGAGAACAGCUGCUCACCAUACUACCUCAUUAGGCUAAUUUACUCCUCUGAAAAUUUUGAUAAACUUGUGAACCUGAGCAGAUACAACAUCCUCAAUAACAAGGACCUGCUCCUCCAGGCGAUCAGGAGUGCCGUAGAACGAAAGAAAAGCAGAAGGACUGGGAAUUUCUCCAGCUACUCUGGAUACCCCUAAGCUGGGUUUUUGCACUGAAGUUCCCCACUGAAGGCUAUGGCAGCACGUUGCAACACAUCACAGUCACGUUACAACAUAUCACAGUGUUCACCAUUUGCAGAACUGACAAAACCUGUACAUUUCUCACCUUGCCGUGUUCAGACUCCCAGCUUUCAGAAGGGUUUAUUUUAUCUCCUUCCCCCACAUUUUCAGACCACAAGGGUCUCACAAUGUGGUCUUACUUGUUAAGAAAUUAGGGUCCUGGUAGGCAGAGACCUCCCAGGAUCUCCUUGAUGUUACAGUAUAUGGUGGUGGUGAGAGUUCUUUGUAUGAGCCUGUUCCUUCAACCCUGAGCCCAUUGUUGGUGUCCUUUCAAUACUUGAUUACAGAUCAAGUCCUGGCCAUUUGCAUUCAGUGAUGUCCAGAUUUUCAGAUAGGCUGAGCAACUAGAAUUUGCACUGAAUUGGUGGGCUCAGCUUUGAAGUCAGGCAUAUAUAUGUGAAAAGCAGCCAAACUGCAGUGUGGACAAUUGCACUCUGUCUGGUCUAUUCCCCUUGCUGAUUUAGAAGUUACUCUUUUUUCCAUUCCCCUGCAAGACUUUGGCACAGAAAUGCUGCUCCAGACUAUCACCAAGGGGGCGGUUACAUUUCAAAAGAGAGGGCAGUAGCAGCAGUGAGUGAGCACAGCUCCUUUGAGCAUUGGCUGCAGGAAAAGUUCUGCAUAAAGCACAUGUGAUUUUAGUGAUUUACAUCAGCAGUGCCUUUAUGGAUUAAAAUGUGAAGAGUCUGAAACAAGUUUUUCAUAGCAGAAGCUUGAGAGGAAUAAUUAGAAUACACUCAAAUACAUUUAAUUUAGUGAUCAUGACUGGGAUGUAAGCUGGUUCUCCUUACAGAUGUAAACUGAAUGCAGGACAACAUAACUCAUCAACAGAGUGCAGAGCCAUUGUAUUUUCACACACAGAAGAUUUUUCCCUUUAUAGUUUUACCUCUAACAUCACAGGCAAAGUAUUUUUAAUAGGUGCUACAUAAAAUAGAGCACAAAUUUAAAAAAUAGGACACACAUGUUCCUCCUUGCUGGUGGAACAUAUUUGGAAAAUGACACCUGGUUUUCAUUUGCUUUGGAAUGCAGUGGGAGACUUUGCCUUGAGCUAGAAGCUUGGAACAUCUUUAUAGCCCUCCACUAGUUUAAAAAGAUCAUAGGGAGGGAUGCUAAGCAAUAUAAAACAGAGCUUCACAGAAGUUGGAGAAGUUUGCAGACUUCCUCACGCUGAAGGAUUUGGCUCUGCUUCUGGAUUAUUUUUUCCAAAUACAGCAUAUUCAUCAGGACUUCCAAGGAAAAUAUUACAUAUUUCUUCUGUAUUGGAAAUUUACCUGAGGUCUAGAAUUAGUUGUACGUGAAAUCGAAAAUUGGACAAAGAACGAGAAAGAGGAGU